AGUGUAUUCGUAAGAUUAAAUGAAUAUUUUUCAGUAUAUGCCAUUGAGAAAAAAAAGAAGAUUUUUAAAGGAUUAUAUAGUUUAUCGCAACUGUUCAGUUUUCCGACGAAAUUAACCCUACACACUUGAAUAAAAACAAACAAACAAACAUGGGAAUAAAAUCCCCAAUUUUGAUGUAAAUAGCGAUGGUACGAUUCGGAACAUUCAAUAGGUUAUUUGCGUCACUAGGGGUACAAAUUAUGAUGCGAUACUCGUCCGAGGAGCAUGCGACACCGAUGGAAUGAUUCGAUUGGUCAAUUCUCUUGAUUGACAAGGUCACCACUCCCAUGGAGUAGGUAAAGAAUGGUAUAAUAAUGGUCCAAAAAUGUUUUUUUUAGCAGAUGGAUAUAUAACCCUUUCCGUAAUUAAUAGUAGAAACCUUUUCCGUUGACGAUGAAGAACACUUUGAUAUCAUCGCUCGGGCUUUUGUCCUGUGUCAUCAUGUUGAAGACGGCUGAAUCUAUUAUUCCCCCGUUCAUGCAGUACACCCAGCGGGAGGAGGCAGUGGUGCACAGGUUCCGGCCGACGGCAGACAGAUGUUGUAGGGUGGGACAGAGAGCAGCCAGGAAGAUGAUGUCGUGUAGCAUCCGUAACAGCCAAAGACUUUUCAAUAGUGUUCACACAGCCCGGAGUUCGAAUGGUGGCAUAAUUCUUAGAAAUACGGACUCGUUUUUCUCCAAGGUUACUGUGUGCGCCACCAACUUCUCAACAUCAUUCGAAAAAUGCUGUGUGAACAAAGAAAAUUUUUUGAAAGAAAUUAGGAUUUGUAGGAGGCGAUAUAGGGAGAGAGACUUCCGUGCUAAAUGCAUAAAAAUUGCGAAAUCAAAGUAUGGACAGUGAGGAUGAGUUCUGAUGUGUUUCGCCAUGUUUAUGGCGUCAUUACUACGGCAGCGUUUAUUCCAUAUUGUAACUUAUAAAUUCAUUUACAUUCAUUUUAAAAAAAAAAUCAUAUGUUGUGUGUAUGGCGACGUUAUCAAAAUGUCAUUGUAUAAAUGUAAUUUAUUUUUUUGCCUGCUUUGAAUAUGCUUCAUAUUAAAUUCAUACAUCAGUUAUUA